UCAUGCAGCCUGUAAUGCAAUUACAUAUGGAAGAGGCGAAAGCAACUGCACUUCGACUGGAAUUUACCGGAUUGUGGAUGCACCGAAUAUUUUAAUGGAUUAAUUCAGGGGGAAUGGGUUUGUCUGAAGUUGUCGUCAGUCGGGUUUUUGUUCCUCUAACGUGACUCAUGUACGAGCCUGGAGAUGUUUUUGCUGUAACAGAACUGUUCCAGUUUGGUGGUCGGAAGGGAAUUGUGAAUAGUGAAACUCCGCCAUAUUCAGCUUUUUACCACGCCCGGACAGAGAGACUGGAGAGAGAGAGAGAGUGAAAGAAGGAGAGAGAGAGAGAAACAGGAUUUCAUUGCAUUCGGAUUACAGAAAUGAUUUGUUCACGUCUGAGGAGGAUUACAGCACUUUGAAGUGUUACAUUGUAAUUGUUCAAUUGCAACAUUUAAAUUGUUACAUCAAACGAGCUUCUGAAAGGGUUCGACGAGAUGAAAGGAUCUGUUGCUCGCGAAGUGAGCCCUAACUUCUAACGUGUAGAUAUAUACGUGUAUGUGUGUGCAUAUAUUUAUAUAUGCACGUGCGCAGUGUUGCCGCCUCGCCAGGGGCCGCGUUUGAUCUCGGGGUUUCAAAGCGCUGAUCAAUAAUAACGGAUACAAAAUCGUUCCGAUGUUUCUGUGUUUAUGAAAUUGCGUCGACGUUUCAUGAAUCGCCCCCCUUCUUAUCCUCCUCCUCCUCCUCUUCCUCUCCUGUUCUCCACUCCGAACUGACAAACUACAGGAAAACUAGCCUUCACUACAAGUACAACUACUACUGCUACUUCUUGUUGGUCGUCGCCCUUACGUGCGCUUAAUGCUGAACAGGAGCGAUUUCUCGGUGUAUUGUCUGGUCCUGUGUUUGAUGGAAUAGCUUGAAAAAAAGUUCAGAGCAAGCAAACCGAAUCAACCCAACCCAAACAGGAACCAAACUGCCCGAUCGUUUCGUUUCGGAAAGAGGCAUGACUCUGGACUCCAUAAUGGCGUGUUGCCUCAGUGAGGAGGCGAAGGAGGCGAAGCGGAUCAACGACGAGAUCGAGAGGACACUGCGCCGGGACAAGAAGGACUCCCGGCGCGAGCUCAAGCUCCUGCUGCUGGGGACGGGCGAGAGCGGCAAGAGCACCUUCAUCAAGCAGAUGAGGAUCAUUCACGGUUCGGGCUACUCUGAGGAAGACAAGAAAGGAUUCACCAAGCUGGUCUACCAGAACAUAUUCACAUCUGUUCAAUCUAUGAUCCGAGCCAUGGAAACACUGCAGAUUCCCUACAAAUACGAAAACAACAAGGGCAAUGCAAAUAUUGUCCGGGAAGUGGACGUAGAGAAGGUCACAGCGUUUGUGAAUCCCUACGUAGAUGCCAUUAAGAGUUUAUGGAACGAUCCGGGAAUGCAGGAGUGCUACGAUCGGAGGAGAGAAUACCAGCUCUCGGAUUCGACCAAAUACUACCUGAAUUCACUGGAUCGGAUCGCUGACUCGUCAUUCGUGCCCACGCAGCAGGAUGUGCUGAGGGUCAGAGUGCCCACCACGGGUAUCAUCGAGUACCCUUUUGACCUGCAGAGCGUCAUAUUCAGAAUGGUGGACGUGGGCGGUCAGCGGUCAGAGAGACGCAAGUGGAUCCACUGCUUUGAAAACGUCACCUCCAUCAUGUUCCUGGUCGCUCUAAGCGAAUACGACCAAGUCCUGGUUGAAUCCGAUAAUGAGAAUCGAAUGGAGGAAAGCAAGGCACUGUUUAAGACAAUCAUAACUUAUCCCUGGUUCCAGAAUUCCUCAGUCAUUUUGUUUUUGAAUAAGAAGGACCUGCUGGAAGAGAAAAUCAUGUUUUCACAUCUAGUAGAUUACUUUCCUGAGUAUGAUGGCCCCCAGAGAGACGCUCAGGCUGGGAGGGAGUUCAUCCUGAAGAUGUUUGUCGACCUGAAUCCCGACAGCGACAAAAUCAUCUAUUCUCACUUUACGUGCGCAACUGACACAGAAAACAUCCGCUUCGUUUUUGCCGCCGUCAAGGACACCAUCCUGCAGCUCAACCUGAAGGAGUACAACCUGGUCUAAACGGACGAACAAAACACAGCUUAAGCUUCACUUUAAAAUGACACACAGCCAUCCAGGGCGACAUUGAUUUCUUCUCUCCUUUUUUUUUUUUUUUUUCUCCUUCAGAGGCAAAUUGGAGACCGAUUUACCAUUUUGUCUUCAGACGAUAGUGUGAAUGAAUACAGACUGCUCACUACUACGUAAUUUAUUUGCACCUUGGAGCUUGUUCAAAGGGUCCAUGUUGAUUAUUAUUUCAUUUUAAAGAGAAAUUAUGCUAAUGAACGUUUUUACGAUCGUCGCGCCACACGUUCAGAGGAGCCACCGAGGAGUUUCGUGAUUUCAUUCCGAAUGUACACACUUGAUUAUUUACUGAUUUACAGUAGAUGAUUAUUUUUGUUGAGAUGAUCAUCUCAGGAUCGAGGGGAUGCUAGAAAGUCAUUAAAAUCACUUUUUCCUAUUGUAUUUAAUUACUUCAAAACAGUGACCAUUUUCUGUUCAGAGUCUGAAGAGACUUCGGAUCAGGUUCGGCGAGGGGUGGGGUUUUCUCUGGAAGACGCCAUCUGACUUUAUGAUGAUUGAACAGUGACCGGUUAAGAGUCGAGAGGUAGUAUGUUACGAGUGCCACGUUUUGCUUUUAAAUAUACGUCUUAUAUAUUGCCAAAGGAAUAUACGCUCCACUAACAUUAGCCGUUCCUCCAUUUGUGUGUCUGACUCUCUCUCUCUCGCUCUCUCUCUUUUUUUUUUUAAACACACUCUGUUUUGUACUUUUUUUCAGAUCUCUGAUGUGUUCUUGUAAAGUUGCCAAGCUCCACAGCAUUAAUGUUCACUCCAUAACCUUAAAAUCAUCAGUAUUUCAGCCUA